CAUCGCCGUCCGCACCCGCCACCACGAAACAGAAGCCGAGCACCUGCGCCUCACGACCCUGAAAGAGAAGCAAUUCUUGUUACUUCGUCGCCCCUGCUUUCAUCAUAACCAUAAUGGCCCACCGCAUAAUAACACAAGUCGUCUUUUCUGGCGCCCGGAUAAUAGGUCGAGCCGUGUCCGAGUCGUACCGUCAAGCGGCUGCCUCGCAGAAAUAUGCAGCAGCCAAUCAGGGUGGAAAAAGCGGAGGCGCCUUCUCAUCCUCAAACAUCACCAUGGACGAGGCCUGCCAGAUCCUGAACGUGGGGCCAGGAAAGAUGGGAAACAUUGAGCUGGAAGCAGUCACGGAGCGAUUCAAGCGACUGUUUGACCUGAAUGACCCAAAGAAGGGCGGCAGUUUCUAUCUGCAGAGCAAGAUCUUGAGAGCAAGAGAGAGGAUCGAGAGGGAGGUACAAGGCCACCAACGGGUAGCGGAAAGAGAAAAGGAACUAAGAGAGGGUUUCAAGCCAAAAUUCACAAAGGAAGACUAGGUCGGAUUCAACGCAGACGAAGUGGCGAACACUUUGGUCAUAGACGGCAGUGCAAACCACCCAAGUAGGGGAGGCAGGUUGUUGCAGAGAUCAGGGCGUCCAAGUGUUGUAGAUGGCGAUGAAGGGUUUCUUGUUGCAUUUGAGCGGCGUUUGGCAUAGCGUUUGGACCUUCUCUGGGCACAGUUCAGCGAAGGCGCAUUGUGGUUGAGGGUGCAGUUUGACUGGCACGGGUAUGCUUUUACGUCUCCCCACUCCUGCACGUACAUGUGCUAUUUAUUUUAAUGUUCGAAUACUGUACCAUUAUACGCUGUAACAAGGAAAUCGACAGCUGAGCCAUACUCAAUGCAUCCCAAGCCGAAGCUACCCAC